AAUUAAAGUCGUAUUUGGAAUAUUAUUCAAAAUUGGAAACAAUUUAUGUGAAUGAUCGAUUAGGAUGGUCCGGAUGCUAAGAAAACCCAGAUCUGUGUUAACCGCGUCCCGUUUCCUGCGAUCUCGAUGUAAAACGCGUCUUGUUUGCUCGCAGAUCCUACAUCAGUCUGCUACUCGGUACCAUUGGCAUGAUACAUGUGAAUUUGAUGCCUUUCAGUCUGGUCACUGUUCGGGCACAAUGUCAGAUGUGAGUAAAAAUAUACGGAAACAAAUUGGUUUGGAGCCGGGCUAUUAUACGAUACCCAAGUGUAGGGCAAAUCUGCUGAAGUAUACACCAAAGCGUGAGGAUCUGCCAAGUCGUAGCAUGGCCGAUUCUUUCACAACGGCGAUAUUGCCACUGAGUUCGAGUUCGUAUCGAGAGCGCUAUGUCAAUCACUUGCGUCGAGUGCGUAUGGGACGACUGAUGGAGGAGCUGGAUUUGUUUGCGGUGUGGAUCUGUCAUCGUCAUACGAGUGUGCCGACUUUGCCCAAGGGCAUACCGUUGCCCUAUAUAUUUGUCACGGUGCUGGUCGAGAGCGUGGAGUUUUCAAACAGCAAUAAGAUCUCGGCAUCUGAAGACAUAUCCUUGUGUGGCCAUGUCUCGUGGACUGGCAUGACCUCCAUGGAAAUAACCAUUUACUUGCAGCAAAACUUUCGAACCAUCCUCAAAGCCAUAUUUGUGGUGGUCGCACGCAAUGCAACGAAUACAGCAGCGGCACCAAUCAAUCCACUAGCUCCGGCCAAUGAGAAGGAGAAGGCGUGCUACAAGGAAUCGGUUAAGAGGUCUGAAGCACGCCAGCACAAACACUCAAAGAGUGCCCUUUACAUCCGACCCACCAAAGAAGAUGAGAAGCUAAUGUUCGAGAUCUUCAAGCGUACCCAGGGCACAAAUGCUAAUGAUAUGUACAAUCUUGAAUUGCCAGCCAAUUGCAGAUGGAUGUCUGAAUCGAAUCAGACUACCUUGCUGCGCGCCUUCCCCGAUAAUCGCAACUUGCACAAUCAUAUUUUUGGGGGAUUCGUAAUGCGAACUGCUGUAGAGAUCAGUUCGAUUACCGCCUGUCUUUAUGCUGGCGGUCGACCACUGAUCGAGUGCAUCUCGGAUGUGGCAUUCUAUAGUCCAGUGAAGGUGAACUCGUUUAUCAAAUUAACAGCGUACGUGGUCUAUACCUAUAAGAAGUAUAUUCAGUUGUUGACAAUUGUGGAAGUCUUGCAGGAGAACAGUUCGUCGCAUUUGACAACAAAUGCGUUGUUUCUCAUCUACAAGGCUGAGCGAAAUGUCCAAGAGGUGCUGCCAAUUACGUAUGAAGAGUCGUUGUGCUAUAUAAACGGUCGCAAGAAGUUUCGUGCUUUCCAGAAGUUAAGACAGGAUCGAUUGAGAAAUUUAAAGCAGUUUCAAAAAACCGAAAAGUCUGCCUAAUAAAAAACAUUUUAUAAACACUCU